AUGAGUCGAGGAGCUUCAAGCUCCAGUAAGUUCAAGGACGACCACUAUGCUCUGCUGAACCCCUCUGCUCCACGCGCAAUGCGCGACAAGUCGAACACCCACCAGUCGAAUUAUCGUGGUAAGAAGAAAAACUUCAGGGACAAUUACUCAAAGAUUCAUGCAGAUUCACCCUCAGGACCUACCUCUCCAAACAAGUUCGAAAAGGAGCGACUCGAGAACGCGGCAAAGCGAGCAGAGAGGGAUCAGAACGGCAAGAGGGGCAAUGGGCGAGGCAGAGGUGCCGGAGGCCGUGGUCUGUAUACCAAUAAAUCUGUCCGCUUCUCAGACGCGACCACCGAACCAAAAUCAGGCGUCUUCACCAAGGAACCUUCACUUAAGCCAAAUCCUUUUGCGAAGCCUGCAACGGUAGCAUUCCCCUUUGGCAUACCAUCAACCACACCCAACCCCUUCGGCGCGACUUCGACCCCAUCCACCACAACUCUUAUCAACCCAUUCGCGACAGCCUCGAAGCCAGAUGCAGCAAUCAACCCUAUCGGCAACUCUAGUACGAUGUCGAAUCCAUUUGGCGCGUCUUUAAGUGCUCUUUCGAAAGCAGACACGGGAUUCAACUUCAACAAAUCAACCGCGUCCUCCACUGGCUUUGGCGCCCCCUCACAAACUCCUUCUGCAAAAAGCUCGAGUGCCUUCGGAGCACCAACUACAGACACAUGGGGCAAGCCAUCUGCUGGAGUGUUCGGUGGGGAACCGGCACCCAGCCCUCUUGCCGUACCUUCUUCGAUGAGCUCUAACGCGCCAGUGCCCUCCUCGAACCCUUUCGGCGCUGUUACAAAUACACCCCCUACUGGUUUUUCUUCAAAUCAAACGAACGCAUUCGGAGCUGGUGCAGGUAAAACUACAAGCGUAUUUGGGUCUGUAAGUAAUGGGUUUGGUGGGAAGAGCUCCGGGGUUUUCAACAACGCUAGAGCAUAUGGAGCGAUGUCGACACCAGGCCCCACCUCAUCAUCAGGUUCAGCCUUCACAUUCAACUCUGCCGCUUCGGACUCAAACACAUCGUCCACGUUCAAUUCUCCUGCUACCACAAAGCCUGCUACUGGUUCCCUUGCCGCCAAGGUCGUAAAGGUGUUGGAGAAGGAUCGCAUCGUCCCGCCCAAAAUGCCUUCCUACGACCUGAUGUUUGCGCGUCAAUUGCUGGGUGUUCCGGAGCUGAUGAAGUAUCUGAACGAGUACAAAAAGUAUCAGAACAAGGUCCGGACGGCUCUCAUGCGGGAGGGCGUAAUUGACGAUCCGGAAAAGCCAAAAAGUUUAGCUGAUGCUAUCGACUUCAAGGGCACUUGCGAGGAAAUGUGUCCGCAGCUCGAGAAGAUUGAAAGACUGCUCGAGGGAAGAGUCGAUGCUUGUGAGAAGGGUUUACAACCAGAUGGCACCCUGACUCGCCACGCAAUGAUGGAAAAGAUGGUUAAGAUCCAUGCACGCUCCUCUGCUGGCCAAGACGCCCCUUUACCAAGCGAGGUGCGAACAACAGCAGCCCUGAGAAGAACUGUCGACUACUUGAUGAAGGAUGUCUUGGCAGAGGAAAAUCUCCCCCAGGUCCAUGGCUUUCUCUGGAACCGAACACGAGCCUUGAGACGGGAUUUUGUGUUCCAUUCCUUCAUGACCUCGACCGAAUUGCUUGAUCAGGUUUACUGUCUCGAGACAAUCGCCCGCUUCCAUACCUUGGCACUACAUCUUAUGUCCAAGCCGGGGAACUAUUCCGAGGCCUUCGAUACUUACCAAGAAUUCGAACAACUCAGCAACACCAUGAUCUCACUUUUGCAAGCGUAUGACGACUGCAAAGCAAAUGGAGUUUCUUGCGAGAACGAGCCAGAGUUUCGGGCAUAUUCGAUCCUCAUCCAGCGAAAGACUCACCCAGGGCUUCUUGAUAUGGUUCAGAGCUGGGGAUGGGAUGUCUACAACGGGAAAGAAAUGAAAAUUGCGCUGAGCUUGGUGGAAGCUCUAACUAACAUAUGGGAGGUGCAAGGCCCUCUCACCCCCGCUGCGCAAACGGAUGUUGCGCAGAAUGCCUCUGCUCGAUACUUCGAUAUUGUCAAAGACAAGGGCACUUCAUACACCAUGGCUUGUUUUGCUGAGAUAUGGUUCAACGACGCUCGAGAGGCCAUUGUGAGAACAAUUAUCGCCUCCUACCGUAAACAGAGAGACCAAGUCAAGCAUUGGACACUUUCGAGACUCAACGAAUACCUCCGAUUCGAUGACGAGGAGGAUAUUCUACCAUGGGGCAAAGCGCGCAAUAUGACUUUUGAAGAGGCUGACGGCGUUACAUAUCUAUCCUUGGAGCUCGGGAGCGACAUUUCCCAUCUGCAGAAAGGGAAGCAAUACCACUCUUAUCCUCUUGUGGAGCGGAAGCGGGGGAACCACUCCCUGUUGGAGGUUCUGUACCACACAGUCUACGAGGAGGCUGGUAGUGAGGAUACAGGUACCGAAGAGGAAGACGACGGGCUCUUUGUGAAGCAAACGCCUGCAAUUGAUCUAUGGCCGAAGCCAGCCGUGGAACCCGAAAUUCAACGACCUGCUUUCUCGUUUGUCGAGACCUCUUCCCCGGCCGUCCCUGAGAUUGUUUCAACUCCAGCACAGGAGACGCAGCCCAAACCAGCCUCCAUUUUUGAUCGCUUCAGCCCUCUCAAUGGCUCAGGAGUCUCCGCAGCUGCGCCAGUCGCGAAUUCCCCCCCAGUUGGGAACCAGCAAAACCUGGAAGAGCUCAAACCAACCUCGGCAUUCUCCUUCCCACCAACAAAUGGAGCUUCUUCACUUUUAACACAACAACCAGCCAGUGUAGGAUCAUCAGUCUUUGACAGACCCACUGUGAAAGGGGCCACUUCCAUCUUCUCGCAGACAUCAGCACCAGCAACGCCCGCUGCAACUCAAGCUCCUCCCCUUUUCUCCUUCACAUCGACGACGGUUACCGCGCCCGCUACCCCUCAUUUGGUACCUACAUCACUUGGUGUUGAAGCCGCGUCUUCUGGACCGGCAGCUCCCUCUUUCUUUCCAAAACCGCAGUCUCCUAAUCUUCCAGAGCCUGUUUCAGAAAGCCAAGGACCUCGAGAAUCAGUCUUACAACCUCAAACUUUCCCUGCUCAACCUUCACCACUUGCAGGCGUAUUUGGUACACCGUCCACACUGGCACCUACGCAGAAUUCUUUGGCAAAUGUAUCGCCGCAGCUGCAAAGUACCACACCGAAGGACUCGCCCAUACCAACUUUUCCAAGCUUCCCUACUGCCCAACAAGCUUCAAUCGUAGUUGCCGAGCCACCUCCACCACCUUUUGAUCCGUGGGAAUGCUUUACAAACUGGUACGCUUUAGGAAAUGAGGGUGUUAUGGAUCAGUUCGUUUCUUGGGAAAUCGAAGGGAUCCUGCGCAACGCAGUUGCACAGUUCCAGGAAGAGGAGAACCUCAAGGCUGCAAGAAAGGCCGAUGAGAUGGCGCUGGCUGAGGCGGACCGCUUCAGAGCGAAGAGGUUGGCCACGAAAUAUGGCCAUAUUUGGUUUACUGUGACUCGUCGUAUGAGUCUGAGGCGGAGAGGCAGAGAGGCAAGAAGACUUCGGCGGGAAGCUGCAGAGGAGUCGGCUGCAGCCAAAAAGUCAGCGGCGGCGAACAUGGUGGAGGAUUUUAAAGCGUCUACCACAACAGCCCGUAGAAAAGACAGCCUGGAAAGCCUCCUUGGGGCAACGGGUGUCUUGACUGGUGUCCACGAUUCGAGUGGUAAUCGCGCGAUUGUGCAGCCAAACCAGAAGCCCGCACUCAAACGACAGCGAUCAGACUGGUCUCUCAACAGCCUCUCUUCCAGCGUGAGCAGGCACAAGCGUGGCAGGUCAGACGAUUCACUUCGUCGCUCCCUGAUGACUGGUGGAUCAAGAAUACACUUGAUCCCCAACUAUACCCCUCAGGACGAACACCGACCACAGGUGAGCGGUGUGCAGACCGAUUAUUUCCGCUUGAAGGCAAGAGGCAUCUCUACCCUUCCCAAUGGAACACCUCUCGCAAGCUCGGUUGCGAAGAUGUUGCACCCAAAGCGCUCUUUCGAUGGUUUCAUCAAGCCGUCGACACCCCGCCGCCAGUCAAGAGAAUUCUCGGCACCAAGAAGUGUGCCAGCAAACCCCGCUGUGGGGCGCCUAGUGGAAGAUCAACCGGAUGAUAUUGAUUUCCUGAAGGCAAGAGCCAGGGCUGUGAUGUCGGAGGAUAAGAUGUCACGAUCAAAGAGGUCAUUCGAUGACGACGAGGAAGCGCUGUUCGCACGUGCAAAAAGAGUUCGUGAGCAGAUGGAUGAGGGAGAGGAAUUUUAUAGAAGAGAGCGCGAGAGAUCGUCCUUGAGUGGGAGUGGGUCAUAA